AUGAAAGGUACUAUUUUAAGUAGAAAAGAAAAACGGAAACUGAAAAGGGCGCAAAAAAAAUGGAAUAAACUACUUUUUUCAAAUAAAAAAAACAAAUUCAAAAGAAAUGAUAAUACAAAUGUAAGUAACAAUGAAAAAGAAAACCAAAUUAGAAAUACAAAAAAUGAUUUGAUUGGAAAAUUUUCAAUCAAAGGUAAUAAGAAAAAGAGAAACUCCAACUCUAAUGAUUUAAGUGAUACAUUCCAAAAAAAGAAAGCCAAAAAAAUGAAUAGGAGUAUACGUGAUUUAGACGAAGAUCAAAAAAAGGACGAGUAUUUAUUAUCGUACUUAUCUAAAAAGUUAAAAAUAAAUAAUAACAAGCACAAUGAGGAAAAACUUUUUAAUGAAUUAACAAAAGAUGGAUUCGAUUCAAGUUUGUUAAAGUUGACUGAUAUUAUCUUUGAUGAAUUUCAGAAAAAACGCCCCAAUAAGAAGGGGAAUAAAAAAUUGAAAAAUAAUGAGGAUGAAGAUGAAGAGGAAGAUGAAGAAGAAGAUGAGGAAGAAGAUGAAGAUGCUGAUGAUGAGGAAGAAGUAGACGAUGAAGAUGAGGAAGAUGAAGAAGUAGAUGAUGAAGAUGACGAGGAAGAUGAGGAAGAAGAUGAAGAUGGUGAAGAUGACGAGGAAGAUGAAGAAGAUGAGGAAGAAGCUGAUGAAGAGGAAGAUGAAGAAGAAGAUGAUGAUGAGGAAGAAGUAGACGAUGAAGAUGAGGAAGAUGAAGAAGUAGAUGAUGAAGAUGACGAGGAAGAUGAAGAAGAAGAUAAUGAUGGUGAAGAGGUAGAGGUAGAUGAGGAAGAAGACGAAGAAGACGAAGAAGAGGAAGAAGAAGAAGAAGAAGAGGAGGAAGAAAUAGAUGAUGAGGAGGAAGAAAUAGAUGAUGAAGAGGAAGAAAUGCAAGCGAAAGGAAUUGCGAAGAAGGAAAAUAAUACAAGGAAAAGAAAAGAAAACUACAAAGAAGACGAAAAAAAAAUCGAGAAGUUUCUUAUGUCAUCAUUAAAUAAAACAUCGGAAUUUAAUAUAAAAUGUAUUAUAGAAGAUAUCUGUAAAUAUUUUCACAACAUAAAAAAUCCAAAUUUAAAAAUAACUUUUGUUAAUUCCACUGUUAAAAUAAUAUCAAGUAAUUUCACAAAUGCAAAUAUUACAGACACACAUAUAUACUUAUUUGUAGUUAUGGUGUGUAUAUUAAAUAAUUUGACGUAUCGAAAAUUAUUGAAAGACUUUUUAAAAGAAUUAGUUAUAAUUUUUAAAAGAUAUUUCAAGAACAACAUUAAUUUGAUGAAACGUGUAGAAAAAGAGAAUGAAAUAGCAAAUAUUAAUCUAAUAAAUAAUGAAGAAAGUGAUAAAAAUAAUACAAUGAUUAAAAUUAGCACAAACACAGAACAAGAGGAGACAACAGAUGCAUGUGAUAACAGUAAUAAUAAUGAGGCUCCUAACAAAUUCGAUAAACAAGCAUUGGAAGAUAAGCCAAUUGGUCAAUCGGAAUAUGAUAAAUAUCAGGACAUUAAAAUAAUUUUGAGAAACUUACUAAAGUGCUUUAGUUUAUUUUAUGCUUUAAAUUAUGUAGAUUUUGAUUUCAUAACAGAUAUAAUUAACAUCUUAUGUGAAUAUAUAAGUAUUAAUAGUGUAGAUAAUAUAAUUAUAAUUUUAAAAAUAUGUGGAAUGAAAUUAAAAAAUGAUGAUAUUUCUCAUUUAAAUUAUAUUACAGAUCAUUUAAAAAAAGAAGUUGAUAAUUAUAUUUUAAAAAAUAAUAUAUAUUUAGAAAAAAGUAAACUGCGAUUUUUGAUUAAGGAUAUAGAAGACUUAAAAAAUGGAAAAAUGAAAUUUUAUUUUUUAAAUAAAUUUGAAUUCCUUUCUAAUAUAUUAAAUGAAUUUGAAAAAAAAUAUGAGUUUAAAAAGGAUAUUCUAUCAUUUUCUUUUCAAAAUAUAUUCAAAAAUGACGAUAAAACACCGAAAAAGACAAACAAAUUAAACAAGGCUAUAGAGGGAGAAAACGAAAAUGAUGAUACCAAUUCAAAUGAUGAAAAAAAAAACAUGAAAGAAAACAAUUUUAAUAAAUUGAAUUACUUAGUUGGAGGGGAAGAACCACACUCCAAUGAACCUCAUUACAAUAAAAUGCUAAAAAAAUAUAAAAUACAAGGAAUAUUAUCGAAAAAAAUAUUUUUAAUUGUUAAGAAUAGUUUAGAUAUAGAAGAAUGCGUUCAUAAUUUAUCCGUAAUAUUAAAAAAUGAAAAAAAUAUACCUCAUGUUAUUCAGACAAUUAUACAAAUAAUUUUAUAUGAUAAAAAAUAUAAAGUUGCUUAUUGCAGAAUAUUAAGUAAUAUAUCAAAAAUUAAAAAUAGAGUAUUCCUAUUCAGUUUAAAAACGGUUGUUAUUAAUUUUAUUAAAAAUAUUAAUAAUUAUGAUUUAAAAAAAAUACUUUUUUUAAGUAAGUUAUAUAUCUUUUUGUUAAAAGAAAACUUGAUUGAUUUCAAAAUUUUUAAAUUCAUUGAUAUAGAUAAAAAUGAAGAUCAAACAGAACAAAAAAAUAAUUCAUCUACCUUUAAUUUGCAUUUUUUUUUUAAAACUAUUUUUAUACUAAUGUCGAUUGACGAAAAGUCUACUGACCCAUCCAAAAAUGCCCAAUUAUGGGAAAAUCUAUCCCAGGUUUUACACAACGGCCAAAUUAGUAGUUCCUACUUUUAUUCGUUUAAGAAAAUUAUUAAGAAAUACAUAUUUGAUGAAGAAAAAAAUAUAAAAUGUGUAUAUCCACAUUUUAAUAUGAAAUAUAUACAAUGCUUUCAUAAAUUUUUAGAAAAAAAAACAAAAAAGAAUUUGUAG